AACAAAGUCCAACAUGGCAGUCGCAGUGGCACCCGCGAUCUGCACGCUUCCCCGCGGGAACAGAUUUUUUUUUUUUUUUAUAAACUCCACUGACGCGUGCUGAGUGCUUGUCACAAACGACAACAACCGCAGACAUAUCGUCCAGUCAUUGUUUACAGCACUGUAGAUUUGUGAUCUGAUUGAUAUUGUCGCUACCACCAUGAUCCAGGUCCCUAGUGCUGGGUCUCAGCGCCAUCAGCAUGAUCCUGAUCCGAGACAUGCAGAUGAGGGCCGCCCCACCAUCGCGGGGGAUAAAGAUGCCGCGUUGGCGGUGGUCAGCGAGGAGGCGAUGGAGAUUGACCCUGUGAUUGAGAGGAGGGUGGUCAGGAAGAUCGAUUGGUUUUUUAUGCCGGCGAUGUUGGUUGGGUAUGGGUUCGUUUACUGGGAUAAGGCCAUCCUGGGCAGCGCCUCGCUAUUCGGCAUGACAACCGAUCUCCAGCUCUCCGUCAUCGACUACAGCACCACGCCACCAUCCAAGGACACCUCGCGCCUGAGCUGGGCCACCUCGAUCUUCUACUUCGGCAUGAUGGCCGGCCUGUACCCCAUGACCUUUGUGCUGCAGCGCUUCCGCAUCCAGCGGGUGUUGGGCCCGAUCGUCAUGCUGUGGGCCGUGACAUGCGCAGCCACGGCCGGGGUGAGUUCAUGGCGGGGACUGUUCGUGCAGCGGUUUUUCCUAGGGUUCAUAGAAAGCGUAAUCCCCACCGGCUUCAUGACAGUCGUGAGCGGAUACUACACGCAACAAGAGCAGAGCCUGCGCCAGGCGUGGUGGUUUUCCGGGACUGGCUGGUUCACCAUCAUCGGGAGUGCGCUGAACUACGCCUUUGGGCAGAUUGAUUCCGGCGCGCUCAGGCCCUGGCAGUAUAUCUAUAUCUUUGCGGGGGCGUUGACCUUUCUCUUUGGGGUGUGGUGUUGUAUCAUGCCCAAUUCGCCGGUCGAGGCCUGGUUCUUGACCGCGGAGGAGAGGAGAGUCGCGGUGGAACGCCUGCGGAAGGGGCAGACGGGCGUCCGCUGUCAGGUUAUCAAGAGGGAGCAGAUCAUGGAGGCGUUUUUGGAUGUGAAGGUGUACCUGGUGGCGAUUAUGAUGGCUGCGGCAUAUACCAUCAACGGCGCCAUCUCCGGGUUCGGCCCCUUGAUCGUGUCCACCUUCGGCUUCGACACCCUCGACUCGAUCCUGUUCCAGUUCCCCGUCGGCGGCAUCUGCCUCAUCUUCAUCCCCCUGUGCGGGUACAUCGGCUCCCGCGUGCCCAACACGCGCAUCCCCAUGCUCAUCGCCUGCUGUCUCCCCGUCAUCGCCGGCUGCGUGAUCAUCUGGAAGUCGACCUGGGGCUACCACCCGGCCGCCCCGGUGGUGGGCUACGCCAUCACCGGAUUCUUCGGGCCGGUGGUCAGCCUGAUCAUCACGCUGGGGGCCAGCAACGUGGCCGGCGCGACGAAGAAGACGGUCAUGGCGGCGACGGUAUUCGUGGCCUACACCGUCGGCAACAUCAUCGGGCCGCAGCUGGUCAACAGCCAGACGGUCGACCAGCACUACCCGACGCUGUGGAAGGGGAUGGUGAUCUGCUAUUGCAUCACCAUCGCGGCGGCCGUCGCGCUGUACGGGGUGCUGUGGCGCGAGAACCGCCGUCGCGACGCCAUGGAUCUGGACGAGAGCCUGCGCGACAAGCUCGCCUUCCAGGAUCUAUCCGACAAGCAGAACCCGUUCUUCCGCUACGUGCUGUAGACAUAGCCAUAACAAGCAAUCGGUUUAAUCUU